AUGACGAGUGACUCUUAUGGUUCGACAAGACCGGUACGAAUCGUUGUGGUUGGUGAGAAAGGAACUUGGAAAUCAAGUUUGAUCAUGGCUGCAGUAACUGAUCAUUACCAUCAUGAUCCUAACAUCCCUCCUCUGUUGCCUUAUACCAAUUUACCUUCUGAAAAAUGCUCUGAAGAUGUUCCCACUAUCCUCAUCGACACUUCUUCAAAACCAGAAGACAAGGGAGAUGUCAUUAGAGAAGUCAUGGAAGCAGAUGCAAUAGUUUUCACUUUUGCAAUGGAUAGACAAGAGACUUUAGACUCUUUAAGUGAAUAUUGGCUUCCUCUGUUUCGACAAUUAGAGGUGAGAGUCCCUAUCGUAGUAGCAGGGCACAGGGUUAUAAAAGAGGAACAUAACCCAGUCAGCAUUGAAGAAAUAGCAACACCUAUAAGACAACAAUGUCAAGAGAUAGAGAUAUGCAUUGAAUGGUCUGCUCCGAGGCUAUCUGAUGCUCAAAUGGUUUUUGUGCAAGCGCAAGUAGCGGCUAUGUACCCAAUAGGACCAGUAUAUGAUCAAGUAACCAAUUCACUGAAGCCUUGUUGUGUUGCUGCCUUAAAACGUAUGUUUGAAAUCUACGCGCGUGACAACGAUUACAUUAUCAAUGACGAUGGGUUAAACGAUCUUAAUGUUCAUUGCUUCGGUAUACCAUUGAUGCAUUCUCAAAGUAGAGCAUUAAUAGAAUAUGUCCAAGAACUGUGUCAAGAAGGAGUCCAAGAAAACGGACUCACAAUAGAUGGCUUCUUGGUUUUAAUAACCACAAAGCUUAUCAAAGAUGGAAAACUCAAAACGUUAUGGACUAUGCUUAGGGCAUUCGGAUACAAUAAAGAUUUAAGACUUGUAGAUGAGAUGAUUCCUUAUUCAUCAUUCAAACGCAUGCCUGAUCAGAGUGUUGAGCUGACAGAUGAAGCUAUUGGAUACUUAAGGAGAGCCUAUCACCGUUUUGAUAACUUGGGACCUCAAAUGAUGGAAUCUCUCUUUGAAACUGCACCUGGAAAUCCUUGGAAUGAAGCUCCUUAUAAAGAUGCUGCAGAGGUAACUACUAAUGGAGUAUUAUCACUUGAAGCUUUCCUCUCAUUGUGGUCAUUGAUGACACUACUAGAUCCAGCUAGGAGUCUUGAAUAUUUCAUUUACAUUUGCCACCCUGAGGAUCCAUCUUCAGCAGUUCGUGUUACUAGGAGUAGAGAGCUAGACCGCAAGGAGAAAAAUUCUGAAAGGAAUGUUGUUCAGUGUUUUGUCUUUGGACCCAAGAAUGCUGGAAAAUCUGCACUGCUCAGUGGGUUUAUUGGAAGGCCAUAUGAUGAUGACAAUAGAAAUGGAUUAGGUGAGGAACGUUAUGGAGUUAAAAUGGUUGGAAACUCUAAUGUAACUGGAGAUACAAAGAAAACUCUAGUGAUGAAGGAAAUUCCAUAUCAAGAAGAUGGGUUAUCAUUAUCAGAUGAAUCAUUGGCUUCUUGUGAUGUAGCAGUCUUUGUUUAUGAUUCUUCUGAUGAGUCUUCUUGGAAGAGAGCCAUUGAUAUGCUUGGUGAGGUUGCAACCAUUAGUGAAGACGCUGGUUUUGAGUUUCCUUGUCUAAUGGUUGCAGCUAAAAUGGAUCUUGAUUCAUUCCCAAUGGCAAUUCAAGAAUCCACAAAGAUAAUAGCUACACAAGAUAUAGGUAUUGAAGCUCCAAUACCAAUCAGUUCGAAACUUGGAAAUUUCGAUGACUUGUUUUGCAAGAUAUUAACAGUAGCCCAGAAUCCUCAUUUGUGUAUUCCAGAGACCGAGUCAAAGCAGAAAAGAAGCCUCAAGCUAAUCAAUUCUUGGAUUCCAGACUGUUUGGUCAAAUGUUUAUGUAUCUCAUCAUAA